AUGGUCGUGUAUGUACCUCCGGGUUAUUCACCUCCUUUUCAGGUGGUAGACGACUCCCAUCAUGGAGCUUGGAUAAUUAUCACUGGCGCCCUGGGACUAGUUGUCUCGCUAGUCAGUUUUCUGAUUCGUCUUUAUGUGCGACUUGUGCUCAGCCCGCCGUUCGCAUACGACGACUUUGUCCUGCUAGGAGCAACGAUUUUUGCAGUUGUCCAAACCUCGCUCCUGUUCGGCGCCGUGUCUCACGGAUUUGGAACGGCUAUUGAUCUACUACGGCACGACCAACUUGUCGCAGUCAGCGACAUUCUCUACUUAAUCACCGUCUACGUCUCCAAAUGUUGUGUAGUGGGCAUCCACCUCCGUCUCACACCCCAGAAACUCCAUAACCGGAUUUCCUGGGCCACACUCGCUCUCUGCACAGCAUGGAUAAUCACAUCAGUAUCCAUUAUCGCGAUCAACUGCGAGCUAAAUCGACCCUGGAAAGGCGCCGGAGCACAAUGCGUGAAUCUGCUAAAACGCUGGCAAUUCAUCGUCGCAAUGGACAUCCUAACUGAAGUUCUCCUCUUCGCGGUCGCAGCCACCCUCCUAGCUGGUCUAUUUAUGCCUCUUAAGCGCAAACUGCCUAUAGGCUUUGCCUUCUUCUUUCGCCUACCACUCGUCAUCUUCUCUAUACUCCAUCUCUGUGCCCUGAAUCAAAACAUCUCAUCGCCGGAUCCUACUCUCGCUGCCGUCGAACCGAUUAUAUGGGCCCAGGUUGAGCUGCACUAUGCUCUCGUUGCAUGUAGCGUAUUUUGUCUUCGGCCGUUCAUGGCAGCUGUUAGUACGAAUUACGGGACGGCAGGCGAUUCGAAUCUGGAGAGUGGGUCUGCGUCCAGGACACCGAAGGAUCAUUCUUCCUCGUCGAAAUCAGGGACUAGGGGUUUGCCUUCGGUGGUGGAUGGGAGGGAGAGAUGGCGUGUGUCUCGGUCAGGAACAUGGUUGAAGACUCAUGAAAGGCUGGGGAGUGACGAGAGUGGUGCGCCGAAGGCUGGCUCUAUGGGUUCGUCUAUUGAGCUUGUGGAGAGGAAUGGAUCAGAUGCUGCUGAGUGUAGUGGGGGGAGGAUGUUUAUUCGGAAGGAUGUACAGUAUACGAUUGAGUAUGAUUGA